AUGGGCGGCGACGACGUUGCACCGAGGUUCGAGACGCUGCAGCUGCACGCUGGCGCCGAACCAGACCCAGCGACCAAGUCCCGCGCCGUCCCCAUCUACGCUACCACCUCCUACACCUUCAACGACUCAGCCCAUGGCGCCCGCCUCUUCGGCCUCAAGGAAUUCGGCAACAUCUACUCGCGCAUCAUGAACCCGACCGUCGACGUGCUCGAGAAGCGCGUCGCGGCUCUCGAAGGCGGUGUCGCUGCCCUCGCAGCCUCCUCCGGCCAGAGCGCGCAGUUCAUGGCUGUAGCGGCGCUCUGCCACGCAGGGGACAACAUUGUCAGCACGAGCAAUUUGUACGGAGGGACGUACAACCAGUUCAAAGUCUUCAUGCCGCGUCUGGGUAUCACGACCAAGUUCGUGCGCGAGGGUGAUGGGGACAAGCCCGAGGAAUUUGGGAAACUGAUCGAUGAGAAGACUAAAGCUGUUUAUGUCGAGACGAUCGGGAACCCGCGAUACAACGUGCCGGAUCUCGAGGCCAUUGUCAAAGUGGCGCACGAGCACGGCGUGCCGGUGAUGGUGGACAAUACGUUUGGUGCGGGAGGGUACUUUUGCCGGCCGAUUGAUCACGGAGCGGAUAUUGUCGUGCACUCAGCAACGAAGUGGAUUGGAGGGCACGGGACGACGAUUGGCGGCAUCGUCGUGGACGCCGGGAAAUUCGACUGGGGCACUCCUGAAGCGAGGAAGCGGUUCCCUCAAAUGACCGAGCCCAGCGAUGGCUACCACGGACUGAAGUUCUUCGAUGCAUUCGGCCCACUGACCUUCAUCAUCCGCCUGCGCGUCGAGAUCCUGCGAGACUUGGGCUCCGCGCUCAACCCCUUCGCCGCGCAGCAGCUCCUCCUCGGCGUCGAAACGCUCUCCCUGCGCUGCGAGCGCCACGCCACGAACGCGAUGGCGCUGGCGCAGUGGCUGGAGAAGAACGAGAAUGUGAGCUGGGUCAGCUACCCGGGACUCAAGAGCCACAAGAGCCAUGAGUUGGCGAAGAAGUAUUUACCAAGGGGUUUCGGGGGGGUAUUGAGCUUUGGGGUCAAGGGUGGGGAGAAGGGCGGGAGUCAGGUGGUGGAUGGGUUUAAGCUGGUGAGCAAUUUGGCGAAUGUGGGCGAUUCGAAGACGCUUGCUAUUCACCCUUGGACGACGACGCACGAGCAGCUGUCGGACGAAGAAAAGCUGGGCUCAGGCGUGACGGAAGACUUGAUCCGGAUAUCGGUCGGGACAGAGCAUAUCGACGACAUCAUUGCCGAUUUCGAGCAGAGCUUCAAGAACGCUGCGACGAAGCCGCAGGAGAACGGUGAUCCUACCAAGGCAGAUGUCAACGGCGACCCUGAUGCGCCGACGAAGCCGGUCGUUUAG